GGCGAAGUUAUAAUUGCAUUCAAAGAGUUCUCAGCUUUCGACAAGUUUACUAGCAAUCCACAUUACUUUCCAAAGUAAUCAAUAACAAUGAAGUACGCCAUUUUGUGUGUCGCAAUUUUCGUAUUGGUCUCAGCACGUCCUGAUGUGGAAAUCAUCAAAUCGGAAUCUGAUGUACAACCCGAUCAUUAUAGUUUUGAUUUGGAGACAAGUGAUGGCACCAGCCGCCACGAAGAGGGCAUCGUUAAGGAUGCUGGUACCGAUCAUGCUGCCAUAAGUGUACAAGGCUCCUACAGCUAUAAAGAUGAAAAGGACGGUAAACAAUAUUCCGUUAGCUACAUUGCAGACGAAAACGGUUUCCAACCGACCGGUGAACAUCUCCCUCAAUUGCCUGCAAUCCAGCAUUGAACCGAUCUUUCUAACGAAACAUGACAAUUUGAAUAUAUUAUUACCUUUUCUCUUUCUAUAGCCAUAAUCGCAGUUAUAAAUAAAGCAACACUUGACAGCAUCAAAAAUGCAAUAAAAA